UGAAUUUUAUUUUUACUUCUUUUUGCAGCCAAGAGAUUAAGAAAGUUAUACGCUUAAUUGUAUCAUCUUUCAUAAUCAGAAUAUUUGGAAUCUUGCUCGUCUUUGUGGACAUGUCUCUUAUCAUCGCAGAUCAAUUCAUCUCUGAUAGCAAAGUGUAUAUUCCUUUGGAAUAUCAUUCAAUUUCUUUAGCUAUUGCUUUAUUUUUUUUAAUGGAUGUUCUUCUUCGAGUAUGUGUAGAAGGGAUGCAACGAUAUUUCUCUGAUUUACUUAACUCCUUAGAUGCUGUCAUUAUUCUGCUGACUCUACUGAUUGAUAUAAUUUACAUUUUUUAUGACUUCAGUUAUUUUAAUGAUAUCCCCAGAUUGGCAAUUAUAUUUCGACCUCUACGACUUAUCAUUCUGAUGAGAGUUUUUCAUCUGGCUUACCAAAAAAGACAUCUUGAAAUACUGACCAGAAGGAUGGUUUCAGGAAACAAACGGCGAUACAGGAAGGAUGGAUUUGACUUAGACCUCACUUACAUUACUGGGCGUAUUAUUGCCAUGUCAUUCCCAUCUUCUGGAAAACACUCUUUCUAUAGGAAUCCCAUUAAGGAAGUUGUGCGGUUCCUGGACACCAAGCAUCGAAACCACUACCAAGUCUACAAUCUAUGCAGUGAAAGAUCUUACAAUCCUAAGCGUUUCCACCACAGGGUCCAUCGAAUCAUGAUUGAUGAUCACAAUGUGCCCACUCUAAAAGAGAUGCUGACUCUUUCGAAGGAAGUCAUUGAGUGGAUGGCUGAGGAUAAAAGAAACAUUGUGGUGAUUCACUGUAAAGGCGGAAAAGGUAAAAACAUUUUUCUUUUUAUUUCUCUUUUUCUAGAGAAAUGUGAAAAACAUAUUAAGGUACAAGACCAAGACAUACUGCUAUUAAUCAGUGUUGAUAAUUGUUAACACUUUUUAAUAUUAGCUUCAAGACUGAAGAAAGGGAAGGAAAGGGGGGAGUAGGGGAGGAAGGCAGAGAGUAAAGAAGGGAAGAAAAUAGGAAUAAAAACUAAGAAAUUUCCGUUGUUAUUGACUAUUUGGUUUCUUCAUUUUUGAUUUGCUAAAAUAAUCUGUCAAAAUACAGUGUUUAGAAACUGUCUGAGCACUUGUGUUCUAUUUAAGAUUGUUCUUAAACUUUGUGAGAGGCUUUUAAAGUUAAGGGAACCAACAGUGAUGCUAUUUCAAAAACCAAAUCUACUGGAAUUUUUAUAGUGUAAUGAUACAAAGAAGAUGAUUUUGGUGGGUGUAAAAUGAGAAAAAAAAAGCUGUUAGUAAAUCCAACCAAUUUAAGUUGAAUUAGAUUUUCUCUCAUUCAACUUUAGACUUUUAAUAAUCAUCCAAGCAUAUUUCACAAUUUUUGACAAAGAAUUAUGUUUUUGGUGAGCUGUAAAAUUGUUUUUUAUAUUGAAUUCUGGGAAAACGUAACUCUUUAAAACUGCCGUAUAUAUUUGAGUAGAAUCAAGUUUUAGUCUUAUUUGAAAACUAGUUUCAAGCCCAUUAGUGAGUAGGCAAGUUCUGUCUCCAGAUCCACAGGUUGAAAUAUUCUGUAUAUGUUAGCAAUUUACAAUACCAUGGAUAAAUGAAGAAUAUUGAGGUUGAACCACAUGGAACUGUCAGUUUUGGACCAUCUUUUACUUAUAAAAAUGGCCAUUUCACAUGGCUCAACCUAAAAUAUUAUAAUUUCAAGCAAUUGGCUUCACUAUUCUUUUAAUUAAAGCUAAUUCCCUGCUUGAAGGAAAACAUUCAUUUCAAAUUUCAUUUUUUUCUUUUUUCUGAGAGAGGACUAUUCUGUGUUCACAUGUCUUUCAUCGAUUUCCCUUUAGGAUUGUUUGGAGGGCUGGUGUUCAGCUGGUGCACAUCAGAGCAGCCUCUUUUUUUUAAAUUGUCAUUCGUAUCAGUUUUCCUCUAUCUAUCUAUCCAUUAUCUAUCUAUCUAUCUAUCUCUCUAUCCAUUAAAUCAAUCUUAUUAUCUAUCUAUCUAUUAUAAAUCUAUCUAUCCAUUAAAUCAAUCUUAUUAAUUAUAUUACUCAAAUCUUUCUAUUUAGUAUUUCUUUUCUUUUUUACUAUUUCUUUGUAUCAACUAUUUUGUGUGUUGAUUUCUUCUUUUAAUUCUAUCAACUUUUGCUUUUUAUAUUUCAUAGUGUGUUGUUAGGUGCAUGCAAAUACAUGAUUAUUAUAUCUUCUCAGUGGGUUAUUUCUGUUAUAAAUUUUUCGUCAUUUUACAUUCAACCUUUCUGUGUCAUUUUGGUUUAGAUAUGUCUCUUUAAAGAGCAUAUACCUGCAUCAUUAAAAAUGCAAUCUCAGUAUCUUCAUUUUCAAUGUAUUUAUUGCAAUUGCUGACAUAUUUGGACUUAUUUAUGACAUUCAGCUAUAUGUUUUAUAUUUACCACAAUUUUUCUAUGCUUCUUUUUAUCUACUUUCCUGCAUUCUGUGGAUCCUCUCACCCUUUUGUUUUUCCUAUAAUAGUUUAUUUUGAGGUUUCUUGGCUUCAAUUCCUACCUACCAGCUUGACUCCUCUCUCCAUUUCUGAUCCUCUGAGUUUUCCUUGCCUUUUUAUUUUUGAGUUCAGCCAUUUUUGUUCUUUAUCAUUUCCAUAUGUUUGAUACAGAGGUGGAAGUUUUCAAUCUAUCAUUGGUGCUCAAACUAUCAUCUUGAUUUAGAAAUAGUCUUUUUAACUUUCAAUCAUCUUUGUUAGAUUUCUUGAACUUUAAUGCAAAGAGUACCCAGAUUUAAUAUUCUCAGUACCCUUGUAAAGAAAACUCUUUAGAUUUCUUAGAAUAAAUAUUCUUUUAUCUUUUAUGGGAAAACGUAAGAGAAACCUCCUUGCCAGAUUUGCCAGAUAAAUAACAAA